GGUGGAGCGAAGGGAAAGUCGGACCGCAAAGAGCCACGUGUCUUUGUGAUGGGAUCCACAUGGCGCACGCCUGCCCACUGCGGCGAGAGGGCGCGCCCAGCGUAAAUGAAUUGGCUGUAUGGCCAUCUAGGUUGCUUCUGCUCCACUCACAUCGAUCUCAUUUUCCAGCCCUUUUCGAAAGAGCCAAGAUGAGACUGAAGUGGAAGAAGAAGAGGAUGCGUCGCCUUCGUAGGAAGAGAAGAAAGAUGAGACAGAGACUAGGCUCUCGAGCUAGCAUCAUCACUUCCUCUAGCGGGCGAAGCUCAAUGAACUCCCGCAAAUCAAUUCUCUGUGUCAUCAACUCAAACAAACCUAUCAACGUCGAACCUGAGGUCAACGUGGGUAGCAGCAUCUAGGCAGUCGUUCCGAGGCGUGUCGUGUCGGUGUUGGGCGCUUUCAUACGUGGUCUUUCAUUAUGCGGCCACCUCCCCGGCCGUUGAACUGUUUUCUACUCCCGUCUCCUCAGAAUAAAAAGAUCCUUCUAAGAUCAAAGUGCAUUCGUGUCGUGCUGCCAUUCAUAGUGAACAACGGG